AUGGGUUGGUUCUGGGCUGAUCAAGCACCCGCUGCCGGGCAGAUGCCCAGCGGCCACCUCGCUGCCUUUGCUGGCAAGGAGCCUCCUGCCGGCUGCCCGAUGCACAAAAAGUCACUCGAUAAACUCAACCCCAGUGCCGAAGCGACGAGGCCCGCGCCUCCCGUCCCGUCCACCUCUGGCUGCCCCGUCCCCCACGACCAACGCGCCGCCGCCGUCGCCUCGGCCACUUCGAAGCCGGCCGCGGCCCCCGAGUCCAGGUCGAUCCUGUCGCAGCUGAACCCCCUCAACUACAUGUUCCCCGACCUGUCGCAGAAGCCCGCGCCCAACCAAAAGUUCGCGCUGCCCACGUCGCGCGAGGAGUCGACCAUCCCCAAGGGCGACGGCGACGGCACCUGGGAGUACCCGUCGCCGCAGCAAAUGUACAACGCGCUGCUGCGCAAGGGCUACACGGACACGGACAUCACCGCCGUCGAGUCCAUGGUCUCGGUCCACAACUUCCUCAACGAGGGCGCCUGGGCCGAGAUCGUCGGCUGGGAGCAGCGCUUCCACCGCGGCCUCUACCGCGGCUGGCAGCUGUGCAAGCGCGGCGAGGAGCACUUUGACGAGGAGCUGGACCGCAAUUGGGACGGCAAGGAGCCCGAGCCCAGCCUCAUCCGGUUCCAGGGCCGGCCAAAGGAUAUGACGCCCAAGGCGGCCAUGCUCCAGGUUCUAGGCUGGAUUUACCCGUCCAAGUUUGGAACCGAGCCCCCCUUUGACCGACACGACUGGUAUGUCUCGCGCGAGGUCAACGGCGAGCAGAAACAAAUCCGAUACGUCAUCGACUACUACUCUGGCGACGCCGACGAGAGCGACGAGCCUGUCUUCUACCUCGAUGUCCGCCCUGCGGCGACGCCCCAGGGGACCGCCGAGAGAAUCAUCCGAUGGAGCAGCGAUGUUUGGUGGAAGGCCAUCGGCGGUGACGUGCGAGAGCAGAACCCGCAACCAUUCUUCCGCCACAACUCUCCCAAGCCUUUUGGCUAA